AUGGCUGCGAAGCUCGACCAGACAGCCCAGGGCAUCUGCGGUCCAAAGUGGGCUGUCCCAAGAGACUUGACAGUCUACGAGACCGCUCCGGCUACACCUACCACUGGCUCCAAGGUAAACGCUGACAAUGGUCCACCUAUAGUUUGGCCCACUCCAUUCAGUAGAGAUUUCACAAAGGAAGAGGCAUACGCUCAAAAACUCGAUGCUUCGAUCGGUGCUUCUCUCAAGUUCACCGUCCUCAACCCUAACGGUCGUGUUUGGACAAUUGUCGCAGGUGGUGGUGCAUCCGUCGUCUAA